GGCUUAUCAACUGGCCGCAAUCUAUUCUAUGUGGAAUUGGCAUCCAGCAAUUCUCAUGAUAGAUUUUAUACCAACAUGAAUGGAACUUGCUAGCUACCUAGCUACCUAGCUACCUAGUUACCUACCUGGGUGGCUACUGUGUAUUCAUUUUAAACCUUCAAUCUACGUUAUCUAAUGGAAUGGCUGACCACGGAAACUGAUAGUUACACGGAAGAGUGUCUUUCGUUGGUGGAAUUGAGCUGUGACGGUCAUAACAGCCAGGCUCCUAACUUCCCUCAGGUCCUCUUGAGAGCCCCCCCAAAGCUCUUACCUGAUUCCACGGCACACCUUGCUUGUGUCGUACAGUAGCAACUGAAUAAGCACUAGCCUUGUCUGGAUCAAUGGCUUUGCAGCUAUAUUCGAGACCUUAAAAUUUAUUCCGUUAUAUGGACGCCACCAUCGAUCCUAAAUUCGACCUUCGAGACACCUCUAUCGGACAUGAACUUGUGAUCACACAUAAACUUGAAUCUAUCUCGCCCAACAUGUCUCGCCAAAGAGUUCCAAUUACCUUCACUUACCAGAAGAGUGGAACCAACCCUCCUCUCUUUGUAGCUGGAACCUUCUCGGAUCCGCCAUGGGAACCACAGGAGAUGGACAUCUCCAUCAACCAACACGGAGAACGUGUUUUCACGAAACAGGUUAUGGUUGACGAUGCUUCCGAAAUUCUAUAUAAAUUCCGAGUAGGGUUGGGAAAUUGGUGGGCCUUGGAUGAUAACGCAGAUACCGUCACGGAUGAUCUAGGAAAUGUGAACAACAUUCUUAGGGUGUCAAUCAAAAAUCCCCAAGGAGUUAAUAAGAAACCAUUGAUUGAAGAGAUAGAGACCUCAACCACCCCCAGCGGUACGCAAACUCCUAACUUCCUAGAGACAGCGGAUGAGGUCGCAGAUUCGGCUCGCAUUGUAGAUCCUGAGACACCCGAGCCAGAAAUAGCCGAUGACGAGGCUGGGAAGAUAGGCCUUCGGCGUAUGUCCUUUACUCCAAUUAAUGAAGUUGCCGAAACGUCUAUGGAAGUUGCCACUGUCGCCGCGGCACUGGAUAAGGAUGAGGGAUAUUCUGAUGAUGAUAACGACGACGACGACGUGAUUGACGAAGAAAAUGGUGCGUGUCCUGUAUUUGCGUAUGAAACUACGGGCCCCCCUCCUCAUGAAGAGGACACCGAGCGACUGCAAAGUACGACCUCUCCGGACAUUGCUGAUCCGGUCUCAACGAUUGAAGAAUCAGACUUUGAUGACCCUCAAUUGGAAUCAUUUCCGUCAGAUAAUCGUGACUCAAUUUUAUCUGCCAUGAGACGCAUUUCUACUAGCAUCGAUGCAGAUCGAACAGUUAUCGAGGGGUUUCCGCCUUCGCCUGUCGUCACCAUCAACCAACAGCACAAAAUUGUCAGCUCUUUCGACGAUGCCGGUUCGUCACGGGGAUCAGUUAGUGUCACCUCGAUGGAUGAAACCAGUCUUAGGCCCGAAAUUGCCAGGUCGUCAAGUUCUACCGGGUCCGGCACUAGAGCGUUGUCCAUGAGCUCGCUAGGGUCGAUCGUUGAAGAUGACGAAGCCCGCAAGUCGGACGAUGAGUCAGAUGAGAUUAUGACUCCAUUCAUUCAACAUCCUGGGCCUUCUUGGGGUUCUAUGGUCGAACAAGCUAUUAGCGAGAACGACGAUGACGAAGGCAUCUCCAUGAGCACCGGAUCUAAAAGGAGAGGAGGAUCGCGAGACUUUUCAUGGCCCGCUGCCUCUAAGCCCAUCACAUCGUUUGCUAAUGACUUAUCGGAGACAGUUGGGACAGAUGUUGCUAGGAGCAAUAUUUCUCAAGAAACCCCUGAAAUCGCACCAGGCACCGACAUCAGCAGUUCCAACGAAGAAAGCGAAACUCCAAGCCCAGCAUCACCUGAUACGGUCGACAAGGCAGAGAAGCGGAUGAUCGAAAAGUCAGGCCCUAGCCAUUCCCGUCCCGUCAACAACAAUUUGGGGUGGCUCGAGGCAUGCUUCCGAGUGUUCUUCGUGAAAUGGCUGGGAGGUCUCGCUACAUGGCUGUACAGCCGUAGACACAGGACGAUUAUGGUUGCUGGUACAGCGGCCCUCGUCGUUGGCGUUGGCAUACUUUGGCAGAACCCCCCAACCCGCACGUAAACCGCAACGGCAACCAGAACCGUGACCGGUUGUUGUUGUUGUUGGGAAUGAUAAAAACCUUGGCGAGGCGAUGCUGGGCGCAGAUUGUUCACGAGUAGAUCCAGAUCUCUCUAUUCCUAGAUCCUACCUAACCUAAUAUCCCUAACGGAUCCUUUCAAUGUCAGCUAACCCAUAAAUUCUGAGGCCUUGGAUGGUUGGAUCGUUUUGUAUGUCUUAACUACUAGAAGGAAAACUGUGCAAGAUGUGGUGUCCCGUAAUAGCAAACAUACAUUUUUUAUUUAUUUUUUGUUGCCUUUUCUUUGGACGACCAUCGCGUGAGAUGAGUCGGCCCGAGUCCGUAGAUGCCUGUGGACCUAUUGGGUACAUCCAUUCAGCUAACUCACUCAUUCGUGGCCGUAGCCUGGGUUUGAAGAGGUCUGAGUCGAUUGAGUACCAACUUAACUACCUAUAGGAACGUAGUAAUCGGGAUAUAUGCCACACCUUCGGUACAUGAAAUAGGAGAGAAUAGAAGGAAUAAGCGCCUAGCAACUUUUUCUUUUCUUUUCAUGUGCACUGUAGUGCAUUCCUGAGCACAUUCCUUCCUUCUUGCCUACUUUAGGUAUAUAUACCUAAUAUUCUUCGUACGACCAACACAUCUAGACAUCU